CAGGAAAAAGAGUGUAAGCCUUUGGACUACAUUAUACUGGUGGACAUCAGCCUUCUGCAGAUUGCCUUGCAGCUCAUAAUCAAAGCAUAAUGACUAGUAGGAACUGCAGAUAGACACAAAUGCUGGUGUGAAUCAGCGGGACAGGCAGCAUCUCUGGAGAGAAGGAAUGGUUUAGGUUUCGGGUAGAGACCCAUCUUCAGACUGAGAAACAGGAGAGACGGAAACAUAGAGAUAUGGAGGGUUUCUCCUAUUCGUGUGAGGAGUCUGGAAACCAGGAGCUGUGGUCCUCGGGGCAUCACUUGAAAUCCUGCCGGAAAGUGGCAUUCACCGACAAUGGGGAAGGACUCUUUACAGUUUCAAAAGAUAAAUCGGUUCACAUUCUCAAUGUUGAAAGAGGCAAGUUGACGAGGAGGAUUCCCAAAGCUCACAGUGUUGCUAUUAAUAGCUUGAAGCUGAUUGAUGAAAAUCUUUUUGCUACGGGAGACGAUGAUGGUUUGUUGAAAGUUUGGGAUUUGCGGAAGGAAACCUCUUUCAUGGAGAUGAAAAACCAUGAUGAUUAUAUUAGUGAUAUCACAAUUGACCAGAAUAAGAAGAUCUUGCUUACAACCAGUGGUGAUGGUACGAUGUGUGUUUUCAACAUUAAGAGACGCCGCUUUGACCUGCAAUCAGAGUUUCAGGAUGGUGACCUUACAUCACUGGCUAUAAUGAAGGGAGGCGGCAAGGUGGCCUGCAGUUCAUCAGAGGGAAUGAUCUACAUCUUCAACUGGAAUGGGUUUGGGGCAACCAGUGAUCGAUUCCAAGUGCAGAGAGAAUCCAUUGACUGUGUCGUGCCGAUCACUGAUAACAUUCUUUGUACAGCUUCCAUGGAUGGAGUUAUCAGGGCCGUUAACAUUCUUCCCAAUCGAGUGAUUGGGAGUGUGGGGCAGCACCCCGGCGAGUCUAUCGAGCAGAUUGUCAAGUCCAGAGAGGGCCAUUUCCUCGCCAGCUGUGCCCAUGACGAGAAGGUGAAAUUUUGGGAUGUCUCUAACUUGCAUACAGUCAUUGUUGAUGACUACAGGAAACGGAAGAAGUCCGGGAAGCUGGAAUCAUUAAGCAAGAAAGCGUUUGGCUAUGGGCCUGGGAGUGGCUUUUUUGCUGAUCUUGCAGAGGAAAGUGUCGAGGGAGAAGAGAACAGCAAGAGCGACGAUGAAACCUUUGAUGCAUAGUAGGCUGUGCCUUUCCUGUGCCCUGAUCAGCUGCCAAGCUUUGUGAUUGGAUUAUAUCAUCUCGUGCAACAAAAAGCUCGUCUUCCUCUUAACUUGUGCAUGUUUGUGCAAAUGAGUGGAUCCCAGAGUCGAUAUUCUGCCAAAAUAAAUUUCUUGUGCAGAAACUUCUUCCAUUUACAAAGUUGGGUUGUUGAACUGAGAGUUGGGUUAGUUGUGCUUCUGAAGUCAGGCAAGGACUCUGGCUUCCCCCCAACUCCAAUUGUGUU